UCCUUCUUUCCAACGGCCUUUUUCCCCAUCUCUCCCUCGUCUCCAUCUCAUCAUCACAAUGGCAACCAAAGUUUUUGUUGGAAACCUUUCCUGGUCGACUACCGACGACACUCUGCACUCUGCGUUCUCUACCUAUGGUGAAAUUACUGACGCUGUCGUUUUGAAGGAUCGCGAGACUGGCCGUUCUCGUGGUUUCGGUUUCGUAACUUUUGCUGGUGAGGACCAAGCUCAAGCUGCUAUCCAGGGCAUGAACGACCAAGAGUUGGACGGUCGUACUGUCCGCGUCAACCUUGCCAACGAAAGACCUCCCAACAGCGGUGGUGGUUUCCGUGGCGGACGUGGUGGUAGCUACGGUGGCCGUGGUGGUUACGGUGGUGGUGGUUACGGCGGCGGCUACGGUGGAAACGGUGGUGGCUACGGUGGUGGUUACAGCGGCGGCUACUAAGCGCUCCAUGACCUGACUUUCAGCCUGUUCAGCGUGCACGACAAGAUUAUUGGCCCGAGUAUGACGUUACGAAACCAUUUUUCUUAUAGCUCGUUUUAAGCGAGUUUUUGUACAUUGCAUUGAGUGUCUGGUUGUCCUGUAUAAGAAUGCUUUUUGCAUUUUAAAAAGAUUAUUCAAACAUG